CAUUUAGCCGCGUAAAAACCCUAGAGAUUACUGCAAAAUGCUGCGUUCGAAAUCGACUUUAUAACCCUAAUUCCCAUUUUUCCCUGUGAAACCCUAAUUUCAAUCGGUGAAAAAUGACGACCAGCAGGAAGAACACAAGAAAGCUCAGAGGACACGUAUCUGCAGGACAUGGUCGUGUCGGAAAGCACCGUAAGCAUCCUGGAGGUCGUGGUAACGCCGGAGGUAUGCAUCAUCACCGUAUCCUCUUUGACAAGUAUCAUCCUGGAUAUUUUGGUAAAGUUGGUAUGAGGUAUUUCCACAAGCUCAGGAACAAGUUUUACUGCCCGAUCGUCAAUCUUGACAAGCUUUGGUCGAUGGUUCCUCAGGACGUUAAGGAUAAAGCAACGAAAGACAGUGUGCCUAUGAUCGAUGUUACUCAAUUUGGGUAUUUUAAGGUUUUAGGUAAAGGUUUCUUGCCGGAGAAUAAACCUGUUGUUGUCAAGGCUAAGCUUGUGUCAAAGACAGCUGAAAAGAAGAUUAAGGAAGCUGGUGGUGCUGUUGUCCUCACUGCUUAGAUGUAUCAUGUUUUGAUGACUUUAUAGAUUUCGUUUAAUUUAGCCGUUUAUCUUAUGAUGUUCGUGUUGCUCAGUACCGUGCUUGAUAGAUUAUUUGUCUUGGUUUUGAUUUUGAUCAUGAUCACUCUUGCUUGCUUUUGUUUUAGAUAUACUUUUGGUUUUUGGGGUUUGUUGCUUGUCUUGAUUAGUCUUCUCGGGUCUUGGGACGUUUGAGUCUACUCAGCAACUUCUGUACGAGAGAUUAGUAUUCCACUGAUUUGAUAAAUUCUCAUUAAGACU